AAGAGGAAAUUCGGAGAGAGGGUGGGAGGGCAGCUCUCAGUGCAAGCUAAGUCUCCUGGAAAAUAACAUUCAAACUUUGGAGAAUUGUGAGCAAGAUGGGACCAGCAACUUCUUCCUAAAAGAAUGUUAAUAGCAAGAUAACUCAUCCAAUUAUUGGUCCAAGCUAGGUCUUUAUUAUGCAUCAUAAAGGCUCUGAGAAUAACAAUGUAACCUCCAAAAGGGCUGGGGCUUUGAAGAAUCUCAGGCAACUCUCCCUUCUGCUCAGUGACUCCCCUGGAGCACAGCAAAGCAAGGAAACACUUAGAGCCAAGCUUGAGUUCUGAAUUUCAAAUACAGGGAGUCCAUCUCUUUCUACCCAAUUGUUCCCUAGGGGAACAAAGCAACAUCAUCCCACUAUUCCAGGGGAGGUGCUAAAUACAACGGUGAGGCUGUCAAGCGGUCCCUGGUGGAGUCCUACACUCACCCAAACAGCAAUGAGACAGACCGGAGGGAGAACAUCGAUACCGUCAUGAAAUGGUUCACCAAGGAAGAAUUUGACUUUGUGACUCUGUGCUACACAGAGCCAGAUAACGUGGGACAUUGAUUCGGGCCAGAAGCAGAGAACAGGAAGUUGAUGAUUCAGCAAAUCGGCAGGACCAUCGGGUAUCUGGUGGGAGCCACAGAGAAGCACAGCCUGCAGAGCACCUCAGCGUCAUCAUCACAUGAGACCAUGGGAUGACCACCGUCAAGAAGAGACCCAAUGUCAACAAGAUCCCCUUGCCCAACUAUGUCAAGUUCAGGGACCUGGUUAAGUUUGAUAUUGUGGGCUACGAUGGCUUUGGGAUGCCCCUACCCAAGCUGGGGCAAGAGGAAGCCCUUUACCAGGCACUGAAGAAUGCGCACCGUCACCUCCACGUCUACAAGAAGGAGGAGUUUCCAGAACACUUCCAUCUCGCUAAACAUGACCAAGUUCUGCCAAUCGUGAUGUAUGCCAACUCUGGUUACAGUAUCAAUGGGAGAAUUAUUACGUGUUUCAACAAAGGCAGCCAUGGCUUUGAUAAUGUCCUCAUGGAUAUGAAGACCAUAUUCAGAGCUUUUGGGCCAGAUUUCAAGAGGAAUCGCCUGGCCACGACUUUUAACAGCAUCCACAUCUACCCAUUCAUGUGUAAGCUCCUGGGAGUCACCCCCAAACCCACAACGGCUCCCUGGCAGUCACCCAGGAAAUGCUCAUGA